AUGGUUUGGGGUUGUAUAUCAUACAGUGGUGUUGGUAGAAUUGUUUUUAUUGAAGAAACUUUGAAUGCUGCUAUGUACAAGCAAAUAUUAAUCCAAAAUCUUAGACAAUCAGCAUUAGAAAUGGGUCUUGAAAAAUUUAUUUUUAUGCAGGACAAUGAUCCAAAGCAUACUUCAAGGUUUAUUCCUAACUAG